CUUUCAUCCAUCAACCUCGCGUCACCGGCCUUCCGUCAAAAUGGCCAACCUCUCCCUCUACACCGUCACGGCGCUGCUCAUCCUCGACGCGGACGGCAACCGCGUCUUGGCAAAGUACUAUGCGCCGCCGCACGACACGGCCGGCACGUUUGCCGCCGAGCUGGGCGUUGGCGCCGGCGGGCCCGGGCAGGCUGGCUUGCAGACGCUCAAGGAGCAGCGCGCGUUUGAGAAGAGCGUGUGGGAGAAGACGCGGCGGGGGGCUGGCGACAUCCACCCCCUCCCGCCGCACCUCGUCCUGUCCCGCGCCACCACCGACCUGCACUUCCACAUUGUCGGCUCGCUCGCCACGUCCAACGAGCUCAUGCUGCAGGGCGCGCUGACGGCGUUCCACGACGCCGUGAGCCUCUUGCUCCGCGGGCAGAUCGAGAAGCGCAACGUGCUCGAGUCGCUUGAUCUCGUGCUCCUUGCUGCGGACGAGACGGUCGACGAUGGCAUCAUCCUCGAAACCGACGCCGCGGCCAUCGCGUCCCGCGUGUCGCGCCCCAAACCCGACACGACCGACAUUGUCAUCAACGAGCAGACGCUGCUCAACGCUUACUCAACGUUCAAGGAGCGCGUCACGCAGCGUAUUGGCCAGCUCUAGGAGGCAAGCGAAACCGGCUUCGCCGGCACACAGAGACAGAGGCAGAUGCGCCAUGGCCCAGAGGCUGCGCGCAAAGUUGUGAUAGGAUGCACGUAUACUAUGG